GAAGCCAGCUUAAUAGGAUUUCAGAUGUGGCAAUGGCAUCUACUGUAAUCAGUUCAGUUCCUACCACUGCAUCUCGUUUUGCUUUACUACAAGUCCUAAGUGAUACUGAUUCAGAGCCUGGAAAAGGAAAAGGUGGCCGAGGUGCCAGUAAAUCUCAGGCUUCAGGGGGAAGACAAUCUGCAAAUGAGAAAAAAAGAAAUAAAAGAAGAAAAAAGAAAGAACAGCAGCAGAGUGAGGCCAAUGAGCUCAGAAACCUUGCUUUUAAAAAGAUUCCUCAGAAAUCCUCACAUGGAGGCUGUUUAUCUCAGCAUGAACAAAAACUGAACACUGCAGUGCAGAAGAGCACUCGGGAAGAAAACUGGCAGGAAUGGAGACAAAGAGAUGAGCAGCUGACAACUGACAUGUUUGAAGCUGAUCUUGAAAAAGCAUUGCUGCUAAGCAAACUGGAAUACGAAGAACACAAAAAGGUGUAUGAAAACGUUGAAAGUACUUCACCUCAGUCAAAGUCUGUGAAUAAGAAAGAGAAAAAGAACCAGCAAGGAAAAGACAAACCUCUCACUGUGUCUCUGAAAGACUUUCAGUCAGACAAUAACCCUGCUAAAAAACACGAGGAAGUGAACGCUUCUCAGUCUUCGUUGCACGAUGGAAAGUUUUUCAACAGGCUGGAAGAUGAUGUUCACAGAAUACUUCAAAAAGAGAAAAGGAGAGUCCAUCUCAAUGAUUACAGUGAAACAGAUAACUGCACAUCUCAUGAAGACAACCAGGAGAGUGCUUUGAAAGAUGGAAAAACUGAGCGACUAAAGCUCGAGCUUGAAAAGAAAGAUGCAGAAAUUGAGCAACUGAAAAAUAGAAUAGCUCAGUGGGAGGCAAAGUAUAAAGAAGUAAAAGGAAGAAAUGCCCGGCUUCUGAAGAUGAUGCAAGAAGGUGAAAUGAAAGACAAAGCAGAAAUACUCCUGCAGGUUGAUGAAUCUCAAAUUAUAAAAAAUGAAUUGACUGUACAGGUAACUAUACUUCAUGCAGCAUUAGAGCAAGAAAGAUCCAAAGUGAAACUACUGCAGGCAGAAUUAACAAAAUAUCAGACUGGGAAAAAAGGGAAAAAGCACUCAGAAUCUGACCAGUGCAGAUGA